AUGCGUUAGAAUACAAAUGCGAGUGCCAAUAUUGUUUUUUUAGUAACACCAAACAGUUGGAGUGUACAACAUAAAAAAAAUUGUCACUCAAUAAAAAAGGCAACAUACAAAUGAUAAAAUCAUUACGCGCAGAAAACUCUUAAAGAAUAUUUUCUACAACUUUUUAUUGAAGAAAAAAACUGAUUACAAUUUUGAUGAAACUUAUCGGAUUUUUUGUUGUCUUCGGAGGUAAUUGAAUUGUACAAUAUGUCGGAUUAUAUUGUGGAACGUUUGGAUCGCAUAGCGAAGGCGAAUCGAAACAAAGUGCCAAAAGUUAACAAUAUCGGCAAAUUCGAAGUGAAAAAACGCGCACAGUACGAAAAUGAGGUUAUAAAAUGCGUAUCAAAACUGAAAGCCAUUCCAAUGUCAUACGGUGAUCGUUUUAUACCACGCAGAUAUUUUCGCAAGAAAACACCAACUCUGACAUCAAAAAGUUUGCAGCCGGUGGACGAGAACGAAAAUGAUAUUUUCACUGUUAAAAGUUUGCCAUAUUAUUGGCGUUUGCACAACUAUCGUAUAAAUAUUGAAAUGCAACUUGGCUUAAAUGAAAAUGAGAAACUAUUGCAUUUUCAUGAUAACACGACACAACGGAAUGACGAUCAAAUGCCCAACAUGAAUUUAACGAAAAUCGAAUAUCAAGUGCCAAGUAAAAGCACCGAAGAACUGGAUUGGUCAUGUUUACCCCGAGCAAAGCCGCUAUCAUACAAUGAUUCCACACACGACAUGCCUGGAUUUGAUGACUAUAUUAAUGGAAAUAAUAUCAUCGAUUGGUCCAGUCGAGGUCAAAUUGCUGCCAGUUUUGAUUCUUCGUUAGUUUUAUGGGGCCCACCAACGAAAACGGACCGAGAAACUGCAACGGUGUUGUACGAAAUAAAGAAUGUCCGAGCAUUAAAGUACGCACCUGAUGGUAAAAAAUUAGCAUUGAGCGUGAGUCACUCUGAUUCAUCACUUCUUCAAAUAUGGGAUAUCAGCGAUAAAAUGUCGAUUUAUACGAGAAAAUCGUGUACCUUCCGCAAAGAGCGGGUAUAUGAAGCAAUCCGAUGCAUUGAAUGGGAACCGAAUGCAAAAAAUAUCAUUUGCGGCAUGUCAUCAGGAACGGUGUACAUCAUUUCAUAUCCUUCAUUGAAAACAUUACACCGUUACGAAAGUCAUAAGGCUUCCAUAAGUAACAUCAAGUAUUCCAUAAACAUCACAUACAUUGCGAUUACUGAUUUAUUGGGCAAUCUAUCGAUUUUGCGAAACAAUGUUAACUACGAACUGUAUCUGAAGAACAAAAAAGCGCAUUAUAUUGCAUGGCAUCCAUGGGUCGAAACAAAUCUGUUAAUCGGUUACAAGUCACCCGCAUCGAUUCAUCUGUUGGAUUUGAAAACCAAAACAACGAUUGCACAUUAUCGUCGCAACGACUUACAACAUUCACUAUGCGCCAUGUCAAUAAAUCCAUUAUCGGCCGAAUUGGUUGUAUCAUUUUCGUAUCAAGAAAACGACGUCACGCACAGUAACAUUCUCGUUAUGGCAUCAAUGAAUCGCAUCGUCGACAAUAUAUCAGCUCAUCAAGAAGCCGUUUAUUUUAUAUUAUGGGAUCCAACUGGAACAAAAGUCGCCACUGCCGGUCAGGAUGAAUCGCUGAAUAUCUGGCACUUUUUUGGUAAAUCUCAGAAAAAAGCAGACGAAUUAAAAAAAAUUCAUGAUAACAUAAAAAUUCCAAAGAACAGUAAAUUAAACUUGAAUAAUAUGUUCAUGAUGUGUCAAAUUAAAAUGACGGAGUUUCUUCAGCCACCGCCAACCACAAAUUUCAGCGUACCGCCGCCGCCUGUUCCACAGCAACCGAUACAUGCAUCACCAUCACAACCAAAUCAAUCACCGUCUGCACCACAUUAUUCGAGUUAUCAAAGGGAGCGUCAUUAUCAUGGAGGGUUUUCCGGUAAAAAUACGCACUAUUCACGGUCGUACAAUAAUUUUCGGGGUCCGAAUAACAUGAGCCAAGAUGAUUUCGACGGAAAACGAUUACGGAAAAGCGUUAUGAGAAAAACUGUGGACUAUAAUUCGUCAAUUGUUCGAGAGCUAGAAAAUCGAAUAUGGCAAAGAGAUUAUCGUGAUCGUCGCGCUUUACAGCCUGAAAGCAUUUACGUAUCUGAAAUGCUGCCACCUCCCAGUUAUAUGGAUAAUCCAAUUAAUGCAGUUACGACGCGAUUCGUUAAAACCGCAACAAACAAGAUGCGUUGUCCAAUUUUCACGCUGGCUUGGACGCCAGAAGGAAGACGUCUCGUAACUGGUGCCAGUUCAGGUGAAUUCACAUUAUGGAAUGGGCUUACGUUCAAUUUUGAGACUAUACUACAGGCUCACGACGUACCAGUACGAACGAUGGUUUGGUCACACAACGACAAUUGGAUGAUUACAGGCGAUCACGGUGGUUAUGUCAAAUAUUGGCAAUCAAAUAUGAAUAACGUACGAAUGUUUCAAGCUCACAAAGAACCCGUUCGGGGUAUAAGUUUUAGUCCAUCCGAUAACAAAUUUGCAACGUGUAGCGAUGAUGGUACGCUACGAGUAUGGGAUUUCUUGCGGUGUCAAGAGGAGCGAGUUCUUAGGGGUCAUGGUGCCGAUGUAAAGUGUGUUCAUUGGCAUCCUCAAAAAGCACUCAUCGUAUCCGGAAGCAAAGAUAACCAGCAGCCAAUUAAAUUAUGGGAUCCGAAAAGUGGCCAGGCUUUAGCUACUUUACACGCUCACAAAUCUACCGUGAUGGAUUUGAAAUGGAAUGAUAACGGCAAUUGGCUGGUAACAGCAUCACGUGACCACUUAUUAAAACUGUUCGAUUUACGAAAUUUGCGAGAGGAAGUGCAAGUGUUUCGUGGCCAUAAAAAGGAAGCAAGUGCAGUUUCAUGGCAUCCAAUACACGAAGGCCUAUUUAGUUCGGGUGGUUCAGAUGGAUCGAUUCUAUUCUGGAAUGUUGGCACCGAUAAAGAAGUGGGUUCAAUCGAUGUAGCCCAUGACAGUAUUGUAUGGACAUUGGCUUGGCACCCACUUGGCCAUAUCUUAUGCUCUGGAUCUAAUGACCAUACCAUUAAAUUUUGGACUAGAAAUCGGCCAGGUGAUCAAAUGAGAGACAAAUACAACUUAAACACAUUGCCGGCUGCACUGCAAGGUGCCGAAGAAUAUGAAAUUGAUGAACAUAAUAUUACAAUACCUGGCAUGGGCCCAGAAGAUAAAAUUGAUUUCAGCGAAAGUUUAAUGGCCGACAAAGGUUUUAUUCCGGGUUUGGAUUUAGACACAAGCAAUUUGGGUGAAAAUAAAAGGGAUAAAGACAAAAAAGUCCCAUACAGUAAACCAAUUCCACGAAACUUUCAAGCACAAUGGAAUGAUACUGGCUUCGCUAAUGAGGAUGCUUCAAAAGAAAUUAAAGAUGUUAUCAGUCAAAUAGUUGAGAAUAAACAAGGUGGAGUUCCAAUGCCGAAACCAAUACCAACUGCCAUUGUUGUCUAUGGCAAAAUGAUUGAAGUGAAACCCGGAUCAAAGUUAGAGCAAGUGAUAGGUGACGGUGCAGAAGCAUUAAAUGUUUUUAUUGAUUCUGGUCAAAUUGAGGAGUUGUCUGAUUUGAUUCCGAACGAAGUGAGUGACGAUUCCGACAUCGAUGAUGAGAAUAAUUCAAAUGAACCAAGAGAGAAACGUACAAAAGUUAUCAAGAAUCAUAAUGCGCAGAUUAUUUAUAAGAGUCAAGAAACAAAUAUGUUAAUACCAUCACUGAUGACAAUAAACGUUCCGAAUGUUGCUGAACCUGAAUCACCAUGGAGCCAUCCACCACCUUCAAAUGAAAAUUGGAAUAAUGUGCCACCAAUGUUCAACGCAAACACGCCACCUAGCCUACUAAAUUUGAAUGUGGCCCCACCAUUUGACGAUUCUAUCAAUCCACCCACCGGUAAUUGGCAACAAGGCAGAGCCGACUUCAAUAACCGCGCUGCGAAACAGGACGGUACAAAAAGACGCAAUAGAGACAGCGACGGAAACAGAAUAAGCCGUUUCGAUAGGGGAGAAAGACCAAGUCGAUUCGAUAAUAAUGACAGCGCAAGAAAUAACCAACGUCGAAAUAAUAGACGGAUAUGAGCAAAUUUUACCAACAGACUCAAUGUUAUAUUUCGUUAUUGCUAACAUUUAAAGUAUAAUAAGUUUAAGAGAUUCAAAGAAAAUCAAGAAAGCCACAGAAAAAAAAUUUAAUGCACAAAAUCAAAGAAAAAAUGU